AUGGGUGACACAACCAUCACUGCAGAAACCAGCAAUGCUGCAAAGGCAGUGACCUAUGAUGUUAAUCACCCCUAUCACCUCAAUAAUUCUGAUUCCCCGGGUAUGACUCUAGUCAAUACUGUAUUUGAUGGAAGAGGAUACCCAGGAUGGAGAAGAUCCAUUCUCUUGUCCUUGUCAGCCAAGAAGAAGCUUGGUUUCAUCAAUGGAGCUUGCAAAUCUCCAGACCUGAAAUCUCCAGAACUUGAACAAUGGAGUUGUGUGAAUGAUAUGGUCAUCUCCUGGAUCCUUAAUGCUCUUUCAAAGGAUAUUGCAGAUAGUGUGAUUUAUUCCAAAACUGCAAAAGAGCUUUGGGACAGCCUUGAGCAGAGAUUUGGGAGAUCAAAUGGAGCUAAGCUCUAUCAUCUGCAAAAAGAACUAUCAGGAUUAGUACAGGGAAAUAGUGAUAUUGCAGGAUAUUUCACUAAGCUCAAGCGUUUGUGGGAUGAAUUGGAUGCUUUGAAUGCAAAAUUAACUAAGUCACUGGAGGAUCAGAGGUUGAUCCAAUUUCUAAUGGGAUUAAAUGACAUCUAUGCACAAGCAAGAGGAAACAUCCUCAUGAUGAAUCCUUUGCCUAGCGUGGAUGUUGCUUAUUCACUCCUCUUACAAGAUGAAAAUCAAAGGGAAGUCUAUGCAAAUACACAUUUUAACUCACAAUCAGUAUCAUUCAUGGCAGCAGGAGAGAACAAAGAGCCUAAUGCACAACUUCUAGCUGAUUUUGCAGCUUUCAUGAUUACAGGACAAGGGAAAACCAUCAGAAGGUCAGAAACCAGACACAAAGGGGAGCAGCCAUGGGACCCAAAUUUAACAACUCUGGACAGAGGACAUACACAGGAAGAUUGCUACAGAUGCAUUGGUUUUCCUGAUGAUUUUGAGUUCACAAAUCACAAAGGAUAUCAGAAUCAGAUUAAGGGAAAUGCAGUGGUGGCAAAUGAAGAGCAUGAAAGUCCAGCAGGAUAA